UCUUUUCUUUAUAUAUAUACAUACAUGUGGUUAAUAUUUCAGUUUCGUAGUCUAUGUGAAACACUCCAAGAAGAAGAGUAAGAAAAAAACAAUAUGGAUCAGAGCCAUUUAAACGCAAGUCAAUCAAGAUCUGUAGAUCGCAAAACUAUUGAGAAAAAUAGAAGGAUUCAGAUGAAAAACCUCUACUCAGAACUCAACUCUCUUCUUCCUCAAACUUCUAGGGAGUCUUUGGCACUGCCUGAUCAGCUAGAUGAAGCUGCAAACUACAUCAAGAAGCUACAAGUGAACGUGGAGAAAAAGAGAGAAAGGAAGAGGAAACUUCUUGCGACUACAGCUUUCGAGAAAUUGAAUUCCACUGGAUCUUCAUCGAUGUCUUCGAGUGUGGACCUCUCCAUGCCAAGAAGGUUACCUAGAAUCGAGAUUCAAGAAACCGGUCCGGUUCUUCACAUCUUUCUUGUGACAAGCGUGGAACACAAGUUUAUCUUCCAUGAGAUCACUCGUCUUAUCACUGAGGAAGCAGGAGCUGAGAUGACUCAUGCUGGAUACUCCAUUGUUGAUGAUGCCGUCUUCCACACUCUUCAAUGCAAGGUGGAAGAUUGUGAUUACGGAGCUGGGACUAGAAUUUCAGAGAGUCUGAAGAAACUUGUGAACACAGUCAACUAAUAUUCUCUUUAACAUGUACCCUUUCGUCCCUCUCCUUGCAGUUUUUUCUAUUUUUUUCCUUCUGUUUUACUUUUUGUUUGUUGAAUUUUAUCUUUUAUUAUGAAAGCAAUGUUUCUAUGUGAGCAUAAUAUGCCAUUUUAAAAUCUAUUGGGAUGAUGUAUUGGAAUUGAAAUUGAGACU